AUGUCUGACAUGGAGUCCGUGGCUACCCUUAUGGAGUCGACAAGCUUGAAGAUAGAGCAGCUUCAGCGAGCAUUUGCUGAGCUUGAGAGCCAGAGCGCUGUUACCAUGAACUUUAAAUGGAAGCAGCUCGAGGACCAUUUCCGUGGCCUUGAGCAGUCGCUCAAGAAAAAGUUUGACGAGCUGAAAAAGCAGGAGAAGGAGUUCCAGGAGACAGUCGCAAAAUCGGAGAAGAUGCUGGAGCAGCAGGAGGCUGUUGUGGUGGCUAAGGAGCUGACUUCUCUGGAAAAGCUGCAAGAGAAAAGAGAUGCUGCAUUAGCUAUGAUCUUUGGCAAGUCCAAGCUGUCGCUAAACACUAAUUAUAUCACCCCAAUCAAUAAGCCACAGAGUAAUUAUACCGUGGGUACUCUUGAUGUGAAGUGGCCCAAGCAUUCUCCCCAAGGAAAUGCGCAGAUGCAAGAUGGCAAUGCUGCUGUGAAGCCUCGUUCUGAACUUGCCAUUCUCUGUGAGGAGAUGAAUGUUAAAGGGCUUCAUAAGUUCAUAUCAGACAACAGAAAGAACUUGACGUCUAUCCGUGAGGAAAUCCCGAGUGCACUCAAGGGAGCAUCGCAACCAUAUGUCCUGGUGUUGGAUUCCUUGGAGGACUUCUAUUCUGGAGAUAAUCUGGUGUUGGAUGGAAAAAAGGAUGGAGACCUUCUGGGUGUAAGAAGGACGUGCCUAAUGUUGAUGGAGUCUCUUGUACAGUUGCAAGCUGAUGAUAUAACUGGCUUGUUGUCUGAGGGGCAAAUGUUUGCAACAAAUGUGAAAGAUCGGGCGAAAAAGAUUGCGUUUGAGUGGAAGUCCAAGUUGGACAGUCUUGACAUUGAUGCUAGCAAUGGAAACUGCCUGGAAGCACAUGCAUUUCUUCAACUGCUUGCUACCUUUGGUAUUUUUUCUGAAUUUAAUGAAGAUGAACUUUGCAAACUUCUUCCUUCUGUCAGUCGACGUCGUCAAACACCUGAGCUUUGCCGACUGCUUGGGUUGUCACAGAAGAUGCCAGGUGUCAUUGGAGUUCUGGUGGAUAGUGCAAGACCAAUUGAUGCAAUUAACUUGGCCUACGCGUUUGGACUCACUGAACAGUUUGAGCCAGUGCAAUUGCUGAAAGCAUAUCUGAGGGAGGUCAAGAAGGUGUCACAUGCCAAGAAUGGAAAAAUGUCUCCUGGAGCACAGCCAUUCCCUUUUCAGAAUGAGAUGAAUGAGCGUGAGCUGUCUGCACUGAAAGCUGUGAUCAAGUGCGUCGAGGAGCACAAACUGGAGGAGCAAUAUCCGGUGGACCCACUUCAGAAAAGGGUGAUUCAGCUGGAGAAGGCCAAGGCAGACAAGAGGAGGGCUGUCGAAGCCGCCAAGCCACAGUCCAAGAGGCCGCGUGCCAACGGAUCGCUCUAUGCACCCCGUGUCACCAGCUUCCCCGAGAAGAGCUUCUACCAGGCAACACCAGAGAGGCACCCAUACCCUUACGAAAGGCAGUUUGUGUACGGCGCCGAGGCCCACCACCACCCUACGAUGAUGAACGCGGCUCCCUACACCAUCUCACCCGCCCACACGCCGUACUACGGUAAUGGCUACCCGGUGCAGUACCAGUUUUGGAGAGGCAGGUCAUGCGCGAGCCGGCGGCGUGACACCAACCUCACCUUCGUGAUGCUCACCCGCUCAAACUACUUUGCCCGAGUGCUGGUGAUGAUGGUGAACAUGCAUGUUGCAAUUCUAUGGGACGUCAUCGAGGAUGACGCCGCGCCUCACAAGGACGACCCGCAAGUCGUGGCGGUGCUAAUACGCUUCACUCUGUCAAAGAUGCACAACAUGCUCGCUCAAAGGACGAGCGCCAAGGACGCGUGGGCUGCAAUCUAG